AUGAACAUUUCGUCUUCUCCAGAAAAAGAACGAGCUGCUCAACUUCGAAUAAAUCAUCUUUACUCUCACUCUCACCUUUGUAACAUAUCGUUCCUCUCCAUUGCCAAACAAGAUCUUGUCAGUGGUCAGUCCAUCUCCACUCCAUUACGUUGUUCACAUUCAUCAUCAGAUUUAUCAUUAAAUCAUGUUUUACAAGAGAAAAGUGAUAUUCAUCAUUUGACGAAUUCUCCAAAUACAUUCGAAACAUCGAUCACAUCCAACUCUUCAUUAUCAUCAGCAUCGAACAAACAUCACGAUACAUUAUCUUACUUGAUCGAUCAGAAUCAACGUACUAUGCAGCGACUCAUCACAAGUUAUCAAGUGAACUCGAAUGAAGAAUCAACAACGAUGCUUUCAUCUGCAUCGAUCCGAAUACCUGAUUAUGAGAGUGGACAACUACUGACAACAAUCUCACAUGAAAAUACUCAAUUGUCACGAGCACAACAGAAGAGCAUAUUGAUCGAGACAGGAUUUUUGUCAACAGUUGAUUUUCCAUCUGCGCUUUUACAUGCUGAAGGACAUCAUGUAUUUGAAACAGUUGAAUUGAAUUCUAAAAUUGAUGGUGAUGAUCAUGGUAUUCUUGAUGAACCUUCGUUGGCUCUUCUUUCGAACAGUUAUCGUUCAUCAACAACAAUAGCGAUGAUAAAUCAAAUUGUGAAUGAAAUGGGAACUCAAUCGAGAUCACAGCAAAAGAAGAAACAAUGUUCAUCUCCACUUUCGACAUGUGAUGAUAAGACAAGUGCUUGUUCAACUCCAGCAUUAUCAUUAAUCAAAAACGAACCGAUUGCGACACAUGAAACAAUGAUUCGAUCGGAAACGAAUUGCUAA